AUGGUGGUGGAAUGGGAAGUCAGCUCCUGGGCCGAUAACGAAGCUGUGCUAGCUGCCGUUGAGAUUGAAACCCGUUUGAAAGCCUCCUGCGAUGAGAACGAUACUGUCGCUCUGGCGUUCACAUCAGCAGCUAUCUCGGAUACUAUCGAUGCCUAUCUGGAGGGGGAAGUAAAGGCCAACGAUGCCGUGGCGACUGCGAGACGUGGACAACACGGAUGUGGUAUCUGCUUGAGAAAUGCAUCCACUGCAACUACACCACACUCUUCGUUUGGCGAUAUGGAAGUCUUGGUGCCAAGAGCGACUGGAAGCAUGACCUUAGCUUUGCUAUCCCAGUCAUCUUCUUGGCAGGGUGUUCUGCUAACGCCACGCAUAUCUGAUCGGAAGGGUGCUGCUCACAGUUUGCUGUUCGAAAGUCGCAGCUUCACGGGCGGACCGUCCCUGCAGCCCUCACUUCGCAAACGUCGGGCAGAAAAUGGUGAAAACUACCUCAGGGUUGCUGCUGCUCGCGCUCUCAGCUACGAGUUGCUAUGCAUACGCAGACUCGUCAAGCUGCAGCGGUUCCGGUCAUGGCCCGCCCGCCAUCAGCAUUGGCACCGUCGUCUCCGUUUCCAGUGGCCAAGACCAAGACAACGCGACUUCUUCUUCUUCGUUCGAGUAUGCAGACGACCCUCGGAUCACGAGGAGCCCAUUGAUGUGAUGCUGGUGGCGAACUCCUCCGUCUCCAGUUCGUGGCUCGAUAGUGUUGUUAGCUAUACCGCCGCUGCAGAGAGCAGAGUUCUGUACCAGGCAGCGAGCUGGACCCUGCUCGACGAAGGAACGCAGAGCGGCAAGUUUGCGUCGUACUGGGCGAGGUUCCAGGCUGUUAAUCGCACUAAGAAGCCGUCCGGACAAUUCUCGCCAAGUGCGGGGGAAAUGAUACUAUCGCUGUCGCGUUUACGUCGGCUGUGUCGAAGACUGCUGCCAGUUAGUUAUCUGAAGGGCGAUGUGGCAGUGAAUGGAGUCGUGGCCGCGCUGAAGUUGCACAUUAAAACCAGUUCGAUGGCGCCUGAAGCUUCGAACCGCAUGUUUGUUCGUCUGGUUAAUGGCAUUUGCCCUCGCGAUGAAUCUGCAACGGCAUUCUCGGGUCUGAACUCCACGAGUGCUCCUGUGAUCAGUCUCGUGAGAGGAGUUGCAUGUUCACCAGGUCCGGAUUCGCACCUUGGACCUCCUCCGCAACCCUCGAGCCAAGGCAACAGCUACGAGGCCGACUGGAAGCACAACCUCCGCGUUAUUAUCCCUGUUGUGAUCAUCAUCCUCGUUUUUGGGUGUGCUGGAUUUGUCUACGUUCGCCGGCAGAAGAACGGUAAAGCUUCUUCAGCUAACGAAGCGCCUGAAGAGGAAAACCCUGAGGAAGAUAAGGGGGAGAAGGAGGAUGCAAGUAGCCAACCAUAUGUGCUCGCCACGCAGCCAAUAGUUUAA